AGGCUACUUGAAAUGCGCACUCCGGCGGUUGCUCACCGCGAUCAGGACAAGUUUCUGGAGGCUUGAAAUGAAGGGGUACUGAAAUCGGCACUUGUUUUUAUUUAUUCAGCUUCAUUUCUACUGUUUAAAUAAGUUUAUUUAGACAAUGAAAAAAAAUAGCCUCUUGGGUGACUGUGGGUUUGUAAAUAUAAUCGUAAAAGUUUUCGUUCUGGGAUUGUUUGCUUGUGCAUCUUUAUUAACCUGUUAAGUCGUUGGCUUGUCAGAAAAUUGACGUUUAAAAAUAUUCUUUGAGGAGCAUUACAAGUUCGCCGUGGCGUUCGGGCGUCGUGUUAUUUAUUGGCUUCGUUAGCAUCUGUCUUCCCGAAGUGGUACCAAAGCCGGUCCCUUGGCGAAGGGCCUUGCAUGUGACACUCUUGCCCUCUAGUGCCUCAGCAGCUCGGUAGCAGUCUGAUGGCUAAUAUUAAUAAGAUGUUACAUAACGCCAGGGUGCUGGGCCAGCUCUGGUGUUGCUGGCACUUGUGAAGCCAAGAAGCUUGAGCUGAUGGUAGCCGGUGCUGCUGUUUCAGCUUCUAUCUAUUCAAAGUUUGUCAAGCCAUUUUCAGCCCUCUGAACUUUAAUUCCAGACUAUAUUUCCUGUGAGUCCUGAUCAAUCAAUACAAAUGUGCUGCAAUGGUGACAUAAACUAUUGACUAAGACUGGGAAAGUAGCUGAAACACCAUCUUUUCUUUCACAUUUUUUUCAUGGUGCUUCCUUUGGAAUAGUCAAGGAACAUACAGAAGACGUGAGUUUUAUCAUGAAGCUUCACCGACAUUUUCAAAGGACAGUUAUUCUGCUUACCACUUUUUGUAUGGUAAGCAUUAUUAUUUCUGCUUAUUAUCUGUAUAGUGGCUACAAACAAGAAAAUGAGCUCUCUGAGAUGGCUUCAGAAGUGGACUGUGGUGACCUCCAGCACCUGCCAUAUAAACUAAUGGAAGUGAAGACAACGAAAGUUUUUGAUGCCUCGAGGACAGACCCCAUCGUCCUUGUGUUUGUGGAGAGCCAGUACUCAUCCCUUGGACAAGACAUCAUUAUGAUUCUGGAAUCAAGUAGAUUCCAGUAUCACAUAGAGAUUGCUCCUGGAAAGGGAGAUCUCCCAGCACUUACAGACAAAACUAAAGGCAAAUACAUUCUCAUUAUUUAUGAGAAUAUUUUAAAGUAUAUAAAUAUGGACUCGUGGAACCGAAGCCUCUUAGAUAAAUAUUGUGUAGAAUAUGGUGUGGGUGUCAUUGGAUUCCACAAAACUAGUGAGAAGAGCGUACAGAGCUUUCAGUUGAAAGGUUUCCCUUUUUCUGUAUAUGGAAACCUUGCAGUAAAAGAUUGUUGCAUUAAUCCUCAUUCUCCAUUGCUCCAUGUGACCAAAUCUUCUAAGCUUGAAAAGGGUUCUUUACCUGGAAAUGACUGGACAGUUUUUCAGAUUAAUCACUCAGCUUACCAACCAGUAAUAUUUGCCAAAGUGAAGACCCCAGAAAACCUUUCUCCUCCCAUCUCUAAAGGUGCUUUUUAUGCCACUAUCAUACAUGACCUGGGGCUUCAUGAUGGAAUCCAGCGAGUUCUUUUUGGAAACAACUUGAACUUUUGGCUGCACAAGCUCAUCUUCAUAGAUGCCAUUUCAUACUUGUCAGGGAAGAGACUGGCAUUGUCUUUGGACAGGUACAUCCUUGUGGACAUUGAUGAUAUAUUUGUGGGAAAGGAGGGGACCAGAAUGAACACCAAUGAUGUGAAGGCACUGCUUGAUACUCAGAAUCUUUUGCGUGCACAAAUCACAAAUUUUACAUUCAACCUGGGAUUUUCGGGGAAAUUUUACCAUACAGGAACUGAAGAGGAAGAUGAAGGAGAUGACUGUCUGUUGGGGUCUGUUGAUGAAUUCUGGUGGUUUCCUCAUAUGUGGAGCCAUAUGCAGCCCCAUCUCUUCCAUAAUGAGUCAUCUUUGGUGGAACAGAUGAUUCUCAACAAAAAAUUUGCCUUAGAGCAUGGCAUCCCUACUGAUAUGGGCUACGCAGUGGCUCCUCACCAUUCAGGCGUCUACCCUGUACAUGUUCAGCUUUAUGAGGCCUGGAAGAAAGUUUGGAAUAUUAAAAUCACCAGCACUGAAGAAUACCCACAUCUGAAACCAGCCAGAUACCGGCGGGGCUUCAUCCACAAAAACAUCAUGGUUCUUCCAAGACAGACCUGUGGGCUUUUUACUCACACAAUUUUCUACAAAGAAUAUCCAGGAGGUCCUAAGGAGCUGGACAAGAGUAUUCAAGGCGGUGAGCUUUUCUUCACUGUGGUCCUCAACCCAAUCAGCAUUUUCAUGACCCAUUUGUCCAACUAUGGGAAUGACCGACUGGGAUUGUAUACAUUUGUAAAUUUGGCUAAUUUUGUACAGAGCUGGACCAACCUGCGACUUCAGACUCUGCCUCCGGUGCAACUGGCUCACAAGUAUUUUGAGCUCUUUCCUGAUCAGAAAGACCCUCUCUGGCAGAAUCCUUGUGAAGACAAACGCCACAGAGACAUUUGGUCUAAAGAAAAAACCUGUGAUCGCUUACCAAAAUUCUUGGUAAUUGGACCCCAGAAGACUGGUACCACUGCUUUGUAUUUGUUCCUGGUUAUGCAUCCUUCCAUCCUUAGUAACUCCCCCAGCCCAAAAACCUUUGAGGAGGUACAGUUCUUUAAUAGAAAUAACUACCACAGGGGGAUUGAUUGGUAUAUGGAUUUCUUCCCAGUCCCAUCUAAUGUCACCACCGACUUUCUAUUUGAAAAGAGUGCCAAUUACUUCCACUCAGAAGAAGCUCCUAAACGAGCUGCUUCUCUGGUCCCCAAAGCCAAGAUCAUCACCAUUCUCAUUGACCCAUCGGACCGAGCAUAUUCUUGGUACCAGCAUCAGCGAUCACAUGAAGACCCCGCAGCUCUGAAGUUUAGCUUCUAUGAAGUGAUCUCAGCCGGGCCCCAUGCACCCUCUGAGCUGAGAGCCUUGCAGAAGAGAUGUUUGGUCCCUGGGUGGUAUGCCAGCCACAUAGAGAGAUGGCUUGUUUAUUUCCCCCCCUUCCAGUUGCUAAUUAUCGAUGGGCAGCAGCUAAGAACGGAUCCUGCUACUGUGAUGGAUGAAGUACAGAAGUUUCUAGGAGUGUCUCCUCAUUAUAAUUACUCAGAAGCUUUAACGUUUGAUUCUCAUAAAGGUUUCUGGUGUCAGUUAUUGGAAGAAGGUAAAACAAAAUGCCUUGGAAAGAGCAAAGGAAGAAAAUACCCUCCAAUGGAUUCUGAUAGCAGAGCAUUUCUGUCAAGCUACUAUCGAGAUCACAACGUGGAACUCUCAAAGCUGCUGCACAAACUGGGGCAGCCUCUGCCUUCCUGGCUGAGACAGGAGCUGCAGAAAGUGAGAUAGCAUUGAGAGAAAAUUCCUGAGAAUUCACCUUCCACAUUACAUGCACUUUUUCCAAAGCUUCCAGAAGCUACCAAAAUGCUGUUGAAAAAUAUACCUCUUCAAAUGAGAAAAAAGAACAGUACCUUCCAUAUGCUGGCAUGUGGAUUAGAAAAGAAAAGAAAACAAAAAAGUACCUGUUGAAAGCCUUGAGGUCUAUGGCCUUCCUCUUAACCCAUAUCUGAGCCUGUGGGAUUAUUGUAGACUACUGUACAUUCUUGUGGAAGUCAACAGCAACCAACAAAAACAUGAACCACAAAUGCAGAACUGUUCCAUUCUAUAGUAAUAUUUACACUUUUAUAUAUCAACUAAGAUUGUGUCUCUGUAGAUUUUAUAGACCACUAUUUGCCUGUACAAUGUUUUCUUAUCCUUUGAUUCUAUAGUGUCCUAUAAAACAAGAAACAAAAUAAACAUCACAGUGUAGCAUAAAAUGCCAAAAGCAUAACAUCCAUAAAAAAUGCUUGCCAAAAUUUCAAUCCACUGAGUAUUUAGAAAGCAUUGUAAUUAUAAUUUGUGCUAGAUUAGAGAGUGAAAAUGUUAUAUGUCAGCUUUAUCUGCAUCAGAAAAAGAUAAGUAUUAUAACAAAAAACUGAUAUUUUUCAUAUCCAUAGUCUAGUACAUACAUUUAUGUAAAAAAUUAUUAACUCCAUCAUAAUCUAUUGUAUUGAACAUACAUUUUAAAACUGUUGGGUGAUAAACAGAAAUUCACUGAAUAUAUCAAAACAGUAAAUAACAAUGUAAAAUUUAUUGACAAUCCUCUAAAAAUAAGAAAUUGUAGGGUUCUAAAGAUACAUCAUUGAGAACUCUCCAUUCAUUUGCUAUAAACUGCAAAUUUAUUGUAGUAGUCCUCACUAGUUCUACAAAAUUGCAUGCAUAAAGUCUGACAUACCUGUGUCAUCUCCAGAGACAGAUUGACUUCUGACUGUGAAUAGCUUUUUUUUAAAUGAUCCCUAGAUGAUGUGUAUUUACAUUAACUUAUUUAGAAAUUACAUUUUCCAGGUAGUUCCGAAUACAAUUGUGUAGAGAUUUAUAAUGAAAAACAAAUUAAUAUAUGAUUUUUAAUCUGAUAUUUACAAUGGUACUUUUGAUAUAAGGCAAAGAAAAAUAAACAUGGCAGAAUUCCAUUUUUGAGACUAUUUCAUACAUCAUCCUCAUGGAAGAUAAUAGAACAUAGUUAAAUUUAUGGUUUGCCUACUAAACUAAAUGCAAGAAGUACAAAGAUGAGCAAGGCAUGGUUCUUGAAAUAGUUACACUUAAAUUUUAAAUGGUGUAUAUAAUGAACAAAGUACUCAGAAAAGGGUAAGACAUUACUUAUUUUCCUGUAUUGUUUACUUAAUUUUUAAAUGUAUAUAUACAUAAAACUUAAGUAGUAAAUAAAUUCCCUACUAUGAUUAAAUAAACCUUUAUAAAAUACUAUCAAGACAUGAUUUUAAAAAUUCAAGGAAAAUCUAUAGCCCAAAUAUUAACAUUGUCAUAACAUGUAAAACUAAACUCUACCAAUUAUUCACUAAUUAUAAACAAAAAUUUGAGUUUCUUCCACUUACUGAAUAUCUUAAUGCAUAUUACAAUUAUUAGUUGUGUUUUUUAAGUUUUAUGUACCCAAAAAAUAAGCUGAUCUUUAAACCAAUUGUUAGCAGGAAGAAUUGGACAAAGGAUCAAUUUUUAAAACACUUGACUAUAAAAAAACUGUUUUCUUACUUAUUGCUGCCUCUUUUGAAGCAAAGCAUUCUAGGAAAAUUAUCACUCUUUCAUCUCCACUAACUUGCAAAAAUGGUUUAAGAGAGUCAAACAUACUGCAGAUAGGCUCCAGCAGUUACAUGCAUUGUCAUGUUUCAUUUAGCAACACCAUUCCUGCUGAUAAAAAUGAAAGGGAAAGUGAUAUAUUUAUGCUUUAGUAAUGAGAUGCAUAUUUAAACUUCCAAACAAAGCUGCUAAUGGCAUAACUUUGCCUAGAUGAACUGGGUUGACUGAAUAGCUCACUCUUCAAAAUAAAUGUCAAAAACAAACACAAUGCUUAUAUAAUUAAAGGAGAAAAAAUAAGAGAUAAUACCACAAUUAACUCAAUCACAAGUACAUAUAUUAUGCUAUUAGAAUUACAAACCGUUGAAAGAAUUUUGACUAGUCAGUAUAAUUCGGAGACAACAUCAGAUUAUAGAAAACAUGCAUAUUUUCCACAAUAUAUAUUCCAACUGAUCAUUAUGCUGUUCUGAAAAUAGCAUAAAUAUAAAUGAGAAAAGAAAGAGAGGUAAUGUGAUUUAAAACUUGCAUUGUAUAGAAUUCCCUUUUUCAUUGCUUAAAAUAUGAAGCUUCCUCAGGAAGAAAUGAAAUGGUUGUUUCAAUGUUUAUAGUUAUAAUAUUCUUGUCAUUCACAUUGAAUGAAAAUUACUGGAAACAUUUUUUUCUCUGAGUUUUUUAAAAUAAAAAACCUGGAUAUAAUUCUGAUAGUAGCAUGGUACCUCAUAUGUACAACAAUAAACUCUGACAAGAAAACAAAGAAUUUGAUCCUGAUGAUUGGACAAUAAGUAGGUAUUUGGUUGGUUUUGCCUGGGAGUGAAUGGAAAGUAGUUAUAGAAUGUAGAUACCACUAAUCUAUUUCAAAAUGGAGAGAUGUAUGGAAAGCUAUAACUUUUCAUAGAUCCUUCUCCUAAACUUAGGUGCUAAUUACACUGAUUUUUUUUCCAGUUGUAAUAAAUAUAAAGCAACUCCUGGGUCACUCAUGGGACCCUAUAAUAAGAGAUUAAAGAGAACCACACAAUUGUUACUUAAGACUUGAGGGCCUGAUUUUAGCAUGUCUUACUCAUAGCACCCUGUUUUGCUCCAUACACAUAAAUGCACCCCUUUCUUUCUCUAGAACUUUAAAAGGUGUUAACUGUCCCCCCUUCAUAAAAAAUCUAGCGAAAGAAUCUCUGCCCAAAAAAAAAAAAAAAAAAAAAAAUGAGGGAGAGUGGGGAGUUAGACAUUUUUCUUCAUUAUCCACAAAAUUUAUUUUCUCUAUCCUAAUCACUUGUUUUUUUCUCAACAUCAGGUUUUCUCAUAUUUCAACCCACCCUGUCUGGAUGCACCAAGUGAAUUCCCCAUAGGCUCGUCUCUCCCACACACAAUGCUCCAAUCUGUGUCCUUUCCAAAUACACUAUCUUAUGUUCCAUCUAUUCCAGGAUCAGUUGGUGACCUGUUAAUCAGUGUUUGUGGAUUAUAAUGAUUUCUAAAUAUUAUGCUUUCCAGAAAUAACAUCCCUGCAGUUUCUAGGAGAUGCAUUUUAGCACCCAACAAAUAACUAUAAUGGCACUGAACUGGUCAGCUUUUGAUGUGAAGUUUUUUGCUAAUUUUACUUAAUAUUAUUGGAUAUUUUAUAUAUAUGUAUAUAUAUUAUAUAUAUUAUAGUAAAGUUCUGCCAAAGCUGACUGUUCUUCAUUAUUACCUAUACAUAACUGUUGCUUUCUUCCUGCCUCUACCUCCUCUUAAAAUACAUACAUUUCCAUCUCUAAACAGUUACUAGUCAUGGUAGGGGUAAUUAAUCCUUUGUAGUUGAGUUCUUAAAUUAUAUCUGGGUUGGCUUGGAAUGUUAACAUCUUUUCACUUACUUUACCUAGGAGCAGACUCAAUUUCACAGUAAAGGCUCUCCAUAUUCAAUAGGAGUUAGACAUUAGUCUAUGUGUGAAUGGGCCCAAGGAAAACAGGAACUUCAUGCAGUUAAAUGAGGAAAGGAAAGUAGAAGACUUAGAAGCAUGCCUUGAAAAUAACUGACAUUUACACACCAAAAGUCCUACCUAAGUCUGAUAACCUUGUAGGGAGGUCUGUACUCCCAGAGACAUCCCAGGGAAACCUUCCCAGCCCAGUGGCAAGAGAGCUAUUUGGUUCAAUAACAGUACACUCAAAAUCCCUGGAGGAAUUUCAUGAAUUCCAUGCCCAGAAAGCCCUCUGACCAGCUUAUCUGAAGAAAGGGGGUGGAGGACCACAGGAGAAACCGUGGGAAAAGGUGUACCCAUACCCAAAAAACUUCAGUCUGAAUGCAGACCGCUCAGUUCUUUGCUGAGCUGCCCACCUGGCCUGACAGGUGCAGCCUCUUCAUUAAACAUUGCUAGCUUGCUUACUACCAAUCUCUGUCUCAUAUCUGAAUUUCUUUUCUCAUGGAUAAAACCUUUGUUCUAGCCAUCUCUGAUAACAUACAGAGAAAGAGAAAUAAAACAUGGAGAUUAUGUGUGUAUAAUUUAUAAUACAGAAAUAAUUUAUUAUAGGUUAUUAGCUCAUGUGAGUUUAGAGGGUGAGAAGGCCCACAACCUACCAUCUGCAUUCUGAAGAUACAUGAAAGCCAGUGAUGUAGGUCAAAGACUUGAGAGCCAGAGAGUCAGUGGUGGAGAUUUCAGUCUGGGUUCGUAGCCUAAGAAUCUUGAGCACCAGUACAGGAAAAUAAUAUUGCAGUACCAGCAGCCAUGCACAGUUAAUUUGACUUUCCUCCACUCUUGUUCUAUUCAAGCCUUCAACAGAUAGCUGAUGCUCAUGGAGGGGACCAUUUGCAUUACUUAGCCACCAAUUCAAAUCUUAAUCUUACCCAGAAACACCCCCACAGAAAUGUUUAGCCAUCCAGGCAUCCUGUGGCCCAUUCAAAUUGACAAAUAAAAUAAACCAUCACAUUUACUUAGUAAUUCCUUUCAAAGAAAUCAAAGUAAAUUUCACAAAUUAAAUGCUCACAGUGUAAGGUUUCGAAAAUGUUGUUGAGAAGAAGAUAUUUGCCCACAUUUUGCCAUACAGAAAACUGAAUUAAAAUGAGUGAAAUGUGAGACAUUUCCAAAGCAUACAGAAUCUGUGACAAAUCUUACAUAUAACUCUACAUCAAACUGCUUUUUGGUUAAGAGCAAAUAAAUUAAUGUAGGAAAUGCCUGCUGUCUACAUUUCUGAUGCCAAAAUGCUCUAUUUCAAAUCAAUAACUGAAAUGGAAACCAGUUCUUGCUCUUAAAUAUUGUGCAUAAUUUAUACAGUUGAACCAGAGAAGAUGAAUCUUUUUUUUCCUAUUUGGUAAAUAAUACUCUCAAUCUGAACUUUUUUUUCAGCUUCAGCCACUUUAAACAGAAACAGAAGUUCAAAAUGCUACAUACUCCUAGUACUUUGGUGUAUCAUGAAAUAAUUUAUGUUCUUCAAAGCAAAUAAAAUGUUUAAGUCCACAAAACAAAUAUACUAUCAACAAUAAAGUUUACUUCACAUACAAAUGAAUAAAUUGGCAAAUUUAAAAGAAUUUGGAUUAUAAUUUUAAAAAUAAUAAAAAUAUGAAACAUGGUAUCCUUAAAUUCUCCUACCUACAAAUCACCUUGAUAAAACCAUAUUGUUUCUAUCCCCAACUAAUUACAGAAAGUUCUCUGUACAAUUAGAAUACCAGAGAUCAAUUCUGCUAGUCUUAACAUCUCUUCUUAUUCAAGCAACAUAGGGUAGGUUGCAUUUUGGACUUCGAUCUUUCCACCUGUCAAUCGAAAUUAAAUGUGAUCUUUGGUGAAGAGAGGAUACUGUUUUUCCCUUGCUUUAUCUUACUAUAUAGGGAUAAAUCAGUUAUUGUAAUUCUCUUUCACCUACUCUGCCACAAAAUGUAUAUGGGCCAAAGUAUCUUAAUCUUUAUUCCAUGUUCUUGCCCCUACAGAAAUAAGAAUCAAAGCAAAGGAAUAUACAGUGCACAAGUGAGAACAGGAUUUAUUUAAAAGAUGGGGAUUGGCCGUCGCCACGGCUCACUAGGCUAAUCCUCCGCCUUGCGGCGCCAGCACCCCGGGUUCUAGUCCCGGUCGGGGAGCCAGAUUCUGUCCCGAUUGCUCCUCUUCCAGGCCAGCUCUGUGCUAUGGCCCGGGAGUGCAGUGGAGGACGGCCCAAGUGCUUGGGCCCUGCACCCCAUGGGAGACCAGGAUAAGUACCUGGCUCCUGCCAUCAGAUCAGUGCGGUGCGCCGGCUGCAGUGUGCCAGCCGCGGCGGCCAUUGGAGGGUGAACCAAUGGCAAAGGAAGACCUUUCUCUGUCUCUCUCUCUCACUGUCCACUCUGCCUGCCCAAAAAAAAAAAAAAAAAAAAAAAAGAGAGAGAGGGAAUGAAUAUAAAUUGUUGUAUGAGUGUAGGCCACCCCCAUAAGAGAUACCCAUCAUGAAUGGGCCAGAUAAUUGUCUAUAAGAGAACCAUCUCCUGUGAGAGUUUUAAUUUGUGUGAGGCCCUCUGGGGGCUUCACAGUGUUUCCAAAUGGAGUUUAACUUCCACAAGGUUAACAAGAUGUCUCUUCCUUUCUAAUCCCAGAGACACAAGUGCAUCAUUGGAAAGUGAGUAUACUGUAUAUAUAGUUAAGGGUAUAGAGUUAUAAUGAAGGGCUGACAGAAGUUGUAAUUCCAGGUCAUAAUUCCAGCUCACCUAUUCCUACCUAAUUUUCCCACCUAGUUUCUUCAAAUCAAAGGGGAGAGGCUUCAGUUAACCUAAAUGGUAAAAUUGUAAGCAGAAAUGAAGCUUGAAUAGCUCAACCUUUCUCCAUGACUUCAUUUUUCUUUGUUUUACUACUAUUAUUAUAAUUGUACAUAUUAAUGGGGAAGAAUGUGACAAAUCAACACAUGUAUUCAAUGUGUGAAGAUCAAAUCAGGUCAUUUAGCAUUUCCAUCUCCAAGUAUUAUUAAAAGUCUUUUUGGAUUAAUAAUAAUUGUACAUACAUAUGGGGUACAGUGUGACAUUUCAAUAAAUGUUUACAACAUGUCCUGAUCAAAUGAGGGUAAUUAAUGUGUCCAUCUCUUUGCCAUUACUUUAUGCUUAGAGCCUUUAAGUUCAUCUCUUUUAUUUCCUCAUAAAAUACAUAAUAGGUUCUUGUGAACAAUUUUCACCCCACUGUGCUAUGUAACACUCAGAGCUUACUCCUCUGUCACUGCAGCAGCCAGUUUGCCUCAAUUCUUUUCCACUAAUGCAUUACAGUUCAGUUACAUGAAAGUAGGAAUAGCAAAGCAAAGUUUAUUAAAGCACAUUCCAAGAGACAAAUAAACCAAUCAAGAGAAAACAUGGCACCUUUUUUUCUAGUUUCAGACUUUAUCCCUAAAGUAUGAAGGAGGUUGACUGGCUGUGAUGGUCACAAUUUUUGAUUGACAAAUGGGAGUUGCAUACCUUGAGCUCUCUGUGUAUGCAGCUUCCAUUUAUGUAUCUGGAAUGCCCACCAUGGAGAAGGGGGCAAAACUGCAAUGUUAAUUAUAUUAUAAUCAUUGUAUAAUAAAAAAGGGUCAUUCCAAUGUCAAAAUGUACAUAUGCCAUAAACUUACUUUCUAGGUUUGGCUGAGUUCCCAUUUUAUCAGAACACUUCAAUUGCAAGUUAAACCACAAAGUGGGUGGUCUUGGAUGGGUCCUUGGUUUCACCUCUGGAGAAGGGUCUUGUGGUACCUCCCCAGUCAUUCAUGUCUCUGACACUUCUAUGAUUUGGUUCCCACUAUCCAACUUCCCUCAGAUUCCACUCCAACACUUCCCAGCCUCUCUUAAUCACUAUUUUAUGUUCAGAUCACAUUUGUUAGCUUGCAUAUAUGAAGCAGAACAUGUGAUACUUGUCCUUCUGUGUCUGACUAAUUUCACUUAAUAUAGUGCAUAUGAGUGUAGUGUUGACAGAGCAUGCUAUGCUCCCCAAAUUGAGCAGAAAUUCUGAGAGUGAAAAAUAAAGAAGCAAGUGCCAUGUAAGAUUAAAGAGGUUAUUAGGGAAACAUUCAUAAAGAACUCCAGACCUAG